AUGAAAUUUCACACAAAGCUUUACAAAGUCGGGUACCCGCUAUAUGGGGCUAAGUUUGUUUGUGAUGACCAGUUUGUUGUCACUGGUGGUGGUGGUGAAGGUAAUAAUGGGGUUGACAACAAGUUGACUGUUCUUAAAGUUGGUAGCUCGGAAGGUAAUGGAUUGAGAGUUGACGAAGUGUGUGAUGCGACUUUGCCCGCCAACGACGACUCCCCCACUGCGUUGGAUGCUGUAGGAGAUACAAUCCUCAUUGGAUGUAAUGAGAAUAGUGCUAAAGUGAAGAGUGGUGCUGGCAAUAGCCAUGUCAGAAAGUUUCGCUAUGAUGGUAAGAGUUUGAAAUUUGAGUCUGCGGCUGAUAUUGAUAAGUCUACUAACCCAGAGGAUUAUACGAAAGUCAUCAGACUAUCGAAAGAUGGUUCAGAAGCUGCUAUAGCAUCUUCUAAAAAUCCACCCUCUAUGGCUAUUAUUGAUCCCAGAAAUUACUCUGUCAAGUAUGAAAUUGAAACUGGUAGGGAUGUAAAGGACUUACAUUUUUCCCCAAAUGGUAAGCUUAUUGGUUAUAUUACAGAAUCUAGUCUUGAAAUUAUUUCAACAGUGACGGGUAGUUGCGUGGUUAGGAAGACAGACUUUGACAGAAAGAUAAUUUUAUCAAAGAUGAAGUUUUUGGAUGACAAUAACGUGUUGAUUGCUGCAACUUGGGCAUCUUCAAAAGGUAUAUUGCUAACUAAAAUUAGCAUCAAGAGUGGCAAAACAACUGUCUUCUGGUCUCGUCAAAUCAGUUCAAAAUUCAAAGGUAUAACAGCUAUGGAUGUAAAUGACCAAAUGAACUUAGUAAUGCUUGCAACAAAUGAUAAUUCUGUGCUAUUGGUCAAAUUAAGAAACUUGUCAGUUGGUAAAACAUUUACUCAGGUUCACGGAUUUGCCAUUACGAGGGUCAUCUUCUCUCCAGACUCAAGAUAUGCCGUCAGCAUUUCGGCGGCUGAAACAGUGCAUGUUAUAGAAAUCCCAUCGGACUUUGCUGACUCUAGGUCCUUGUCCGAGUCAACAACCCAAUGGCUCAUGAAUACUAUUAUGGUUCUUUUCUUGGCAUUUGUUUUGAACUCUAUGUACAAAGAGGAUAUGCAUAAGAAUGUCCUAAAUUAUUUUAGGAGUGUCAAGAGUAUCGACAGUAGCUCAAUUUUAAGUAUGGAAGACAUGGAACAAGUAACAUUAGUCGGCACAAUAAGUACAUCUGUUCGUUCUACUACUCAGAGGUUUGAAUCUAGUAAAUCUGUAUCGAGUACUUCUGUAGUUGCGAGAACUAAUGUGAGUGAAAAAGAAAGAUCCCAACAAGACCCGGUCAAGAAAUCUCCUGAACAGCAUCAGCAGAAUCAACAGUGA